AUGGCGAAAAAGAAGAAGGCAAACACAAAUGGGACUUCACCAACACCUUCGACUGGUGAUUCCACUAAGAAUCAACCUGGAAAUGCUACGUUUUUAGGGCGUAAUGAUGUUGAGAAAUCGUACCCAGAUAAUCUAGAUGCAGAUGCGAAUUUUGACAAUGAGGAGCUUGUUCAUUCAAAUAUGGUGCACCCUUCAGUAGGUAUGAUCUCAAGAGAACUCCAUAAUGCUAUUAUUGUCCUUAAUCAAUCCUUGGGUCUUACUGGGGAGGGUAGGAUUAUUCCGCAAUGUAGUACGGACCCUGUUUUGAGAAACUCUGUUACUGCUGAUGUUGGUAAUACUCAAGAGAAAGCUCAAUCUCCUGUGAUUUGGAAUGAUGAGACCUCUCAUACUGAACAAACUGUGGCCCCUCCAGAACCAUGGAAAAAUCUGUUUGUUGGGGCAAAACUUGCUUCAAAGGGGGGGGCAUUGGGGUUUGUCUCACCAGUUGUAAAGGAGGGUAAGAAGGUGGCACAAUUGCAGCAGACUGAUUUAGAUGCUAUGGCUGAUAAAUGGCAAGCUUCAAUUGUCAUGUAUGUAGUAGGAGAAUCCCCAACUAUAGCAUCUGUUAAGAGAUUCAUGGCUGCAUUUUGGGGGGAUGUUGCCCAACCCCAAGUAUUUUAUCAUGAUGAUGGUUACUUUCUGAUUCGAUUUGCUAGAAAUAAGGAGAAAAACAAAGUAGUUGCAGGUGGCCCUUAUACAUUCUAUGGAAAACCAGUGAUUAUCAAGCCAUGGUCACCUGAUUUUAACUUCUAUGAAGAAGUGCUUAAAGUGAUACCUCUAUGGGUUAAAUUUCCCAAUUUACCUCUUCAUUGCUGGGGUUCUGACUCUCUUAGCAGAAUCAGCAGUCUGCUGGGGGUGCCUAUUUGUGCUGAUGAGUGUACUACCAGACAAGAUAGGGUUUCUUUUGCUAGGGUGUUAGUAGAGAUGGAUAUCACUACUACAUUGCCUGACCAUGUGUGUGUUGAGGAUGCUUAUGGUACUAUGUUUAAACAAGAGGUGAAGUAUGACUGGAAACCAGAAUAUUGUAAGAAGUGCAAUAUUGCUGGACAUGACUGUGAUAAAAUUUCUAAGGCAGCUCCUCUUCCUAAGCCAACCAAGAAAGUUUGGGUGGCUAAAGUUACUCAUAAGCAGCAGGAGACAGUACAACAACCACAACAAGUGCCAGAAGGGACUCUUACACCUCCUCAUGUCACACCUGCUAUUCCCCAAUCGGGUGAUCAGGAUUGGAAAAUAGUCACCAGAAGAACAAGAGGGCCUAGCAGAAUGAGAGUUAUGAGUCCAAACAACCCCUAUACUGUGCUCAUAGAAGAUCUGGGAUUCAAGGAGAUUACUGGUGAUGGAGUUGUUGAGGAGAUGGUAACCUACAACUGUCUCAUGAUGAAGGUUAAUUUGUGCACCUGGAAUGUGAGAGGGUUUAAUGAUCCUCUUAAAGCUGUUGAAGUUAAGAAUGUCAUUAAAAAGAAUAAUGUACAUAUUAUUGCUUUGUUAGAAACUAGAGUAAAAGCUUCUAAAUUCUCUAGUGUUGCAGGUAAACUUGGUAGGCACUGGAGUUGGGAAAACAACUACAAUUCUAACCCUAGGGGUAGGAUUUGGUUGGGAUGGCAACACCUUGAGGUUGACCUCUCAAUUCUAGCUAAUCAUGAGCAAUUCAUUCAUUGUGAGAUUAGAAAUAGAACUGGUAAUUUCUCCAUUUUGUUCACUGCAAUCUAUGGCUUACACACUGUGGAGACUAGGAAGAGCUUAUGGCAAUCUUUGACCCAUAUUCUUCCUAGUGUGGGUACUCAACCUUGGCUGCUGGCUGGUGAUUUCAACUCUAUCCUAUCUAAUGAAGAUAGGAUCAAUGGUACUCCUGUAACUACUGCUGAAAUCCAGGAUUUUAGUAACUUUAUUGUUAGUACUGGCCUUUGUCCACUUCAGAGUGUUGGUCACUAUUUUUCUUGGCACAAAAUAAUUGAUUGGUGUUUCGGCAAUGCUGCAUGGGUUCACAAGUUUAGUGAUGUUCCUGCUGAAUAUCUUAAUCCAUCCAUCUCUGACCACUCUCCUCUGUUGAUUAACUGUUUACCUGAUAAAGCUGAAGGUGGUAGCCCUUUCAGAUUCUUGAAUUACCUUAGUGAGCAUAGUCAAUUCUUACCUCUGGUGGAGGAUGUUUUGAGCUCUACUGAAGUUAGGGGUUCCUACAUGUACAAGCUAUGGUACAAAUUGAAGAUAGUCAAGUCAAAACUGAAAUGUUUGCAUAAAGAGGAAUUUGCUGGUGUGAAAGAGAGAGUUGACAAGGCUAGAGUUUAUCUUGAUAAUAUGCAAAAUGCUUUACAAACUGCCCCAACUGCUGAUUUGUUUGAACAGGAAAAAGUUUGCAUUGCAAAUCUGAAGAAAUGGCUCAGAGUGGAUGAGAUUGCUUUGAGACAGAAAUCUAGGAUCCAGUGGCUUCAAGUGGGUGAUUCUAACCAUCGGUUUUUCUUUUCUGCUAUGAAGGAGAGAAAUCGGCAGAACAGAAUUUCAGUGCUCUAUGAUGAGAAUAAUAAUAAACUGGUGGAACCAGAUGCAAUUCAGAGUGAGAUUGUAGGUUUCUACAAAACCUUGUUGGGUUCAGCUGCUAGCUCUCUUCCUGCUAUCCACAUCCCUACUGUAAGAAAUGGCACUAAACUUAGUAACUCUGCUAAGAAUUGGCUAACUAGAGAAGUUACUACUCUUGAAAUUGAUCAAGCUCUUAAGGGUAUUGGUGAUGAUAAAGCACCUGGUCUUGAUGGACUUAAUGCUGUUUUCUUCAAAAAGACUUGGCACAUUAUCAAGAUGGAUGUCUACAAAGCAGUUAUGGAGGUGUUUACUACCAACACUAUGCUGUCCUAG